AUGCUCAAGUACAUCAAUCUGUACAACCUAGCAGGAACACUCGUAGGUGCCUUUGCACUCUCAUCCAUCGCACUGAACUACUUCUCAAAAAACAUGCACUUCAUCUUCAGGAUUGCUCUGUGCCAGUCGUUCUACAUCUUAGAAGUGCUCAACAUCCUAACGAACGCAAGCAAAUCACGGCUAUUUCCCACGUGCAUGCAGCUGAGCAGCAGGCUGUUCAUCAUCUGGUGCAUUUGUUACCGGUACGGCUUUGCAGAUGCAGUGGUGCACAUCAUGCUGCUGUGCUGGUUUGUAAGCGAUACGGUGCGUUACCUCUUCUACUUCUCAAGGAACGGUACCGUUAAGUUCCUGCGGUACAACCUUUUUAUCGUUUUGUACCCACUGGGCACGCUGUGCGAGAUUGUGCUGGUGAGCAGGGUGGAAAGGGCAUGCACGGGUGUUCUUAAAUAUUUUUUGCGCGUUGUUAUGCUGUGCUACAUUCCCGGCUUUUCAUUUCUCUACGUGCACAUGAUACGAAGAAGAAGAUGGACCGACAAGAACAGGAGCGCAGCACAGCGCAAGAAAGAUAAAUAAAAUGGUUUAACGGUGCGUAGCAGUUGCUUUGGAGGUUUUGUAAUUUGGUUAGCGAUCUGUUAAUGGUACCUGAGUGAAAGGCUGUGUUAAUUAAAAGAACUGUGCUGAGG